CGCCCACCCUCUCCAUCCACCCCAUACCGCAGUGAAACGACCUUAUCCAGGCCUCACCGACGGACACUUGGGUUCUCUCCGGGUGCGCGGUAUGUCGGCGCAUUUGACGGGUUUAGCGCUUUCACAUGGUCGACCCAAUCAUACGAGCUCAUUGCAUGUUAUCGUGUGACAGAGUCCUGUUUUUGGAUCAUCAGUCCCAAUGUCCCUCCAACUCACUUACAUCUUGUCCCUGAUCCUAUAUUCACUAGAGCCAUUCCAUUGGCAGAAGACAACACAGCUUAUGCACAUCCUUCCGAGGAUGCAGCUCGCGACUCUGAAGAUGAGUCCUGGAUCAAGUGUCCGUUUUACGACCUCUCGCCAAGCAGCCCCCAAAGAUGGUAUUACGAGUUCACUUCCUCUGCAACAGGGAGGAACCCGCUCAUCGAGUCCUGGUCAGUGAUGCUCGGUGGCAGGGAAAUGCUUAGCCUUCCAGGGGGAUAUGAUCCAGUUACUUCCUUGCUCGCGUGGUACGGUCAUCGAGUGCCAGACUGUCGUCAGGAGCUAUACCGCCCUCAGUCCAGCAGGGAUGGAACUCGAUUUCUGGUCCAGGGCAAGUCAAAGGCCCCAAUGGUCAUCGAUAUAAGCCAAAUUGUUUAGCAUUUACCAGUGCACCCGAUUGCGCUCAAGUACUCGUCACUUCCUCGGCUAUACACUCGAUGACUUUUGCACUGCAACGCUGUGUAAAAUUGUGGAUAGUAUUUGAAGCCUUGUGUAUCAUGUACUAUUUCUUUAUUUAACGUUAGGUUUGGUAAUGUACACUUGGUGGCGACGGAUCUCUGGCGUUCCGCAGAGCACAGGAAGACGAAGCGCCAAAACUACUGGAAAGGCCUAGGAGACUAAGCUAGACCGAAUAAGAUAAUGCAGUCUU